AUGGAGGCGCUCUUGGGCGAGGUGCUGGCGGUGGGAGAAUGGAUGGACGGCGUUGAUCUGCUCUCGACGCGGUGGCUGGCUCUCGGCGGAGCAGCAGUGGUGCUGAUGGUGGCGUGGAGCUGGGCAGCGGCAAGGAGCAGUCGAGGCAGAGGAGCUGCGGCGCCCAGAGCGAUUGAUGCGGCGGGAGCGGCGCUCGAGUCGAUGGGCGCGACGACGCCUGCGGCAGUUGUGGACGUCACGGCCUUUGAUGCCAACGUGGCAUCGUACGCGUCGGCGGCAAGUCGCGGGAACAAGACCAUUCGCCUCGCUACCAAGUCUCUCCGGGUCCCGGGCCUCAUUGCGCGGGCCAUCGAGCUCGCGCCGACCGCGUUCACCUCGCUGAUGUGCUUCUCUGCCAGUGAGGCUGCGUGGCUUCUCCUCGACUCGCCAGUCGCCUCUCGCCUGGCCGAUCUCGGCGUGAAUGACGUGCUUGUGGCGUACCCGAUCUCCCUUGUGUCUGACAUGCGGCACGUUGUCCGUCUCGUCGGCGCCGGCAGGAUCGUCCGGCUCAUGGUCGACUCGCUGGCGCACCUUGUUGUGCCCGUGGUUGUCGACGUCGACGUUGCCCUGCGUCCGCUCGAAGCCGCAGCCUGGCUCCAUGUCGGCGUCCGUAGGUCGCCGCUGCGGUCGGUGGCUGACGUCGCCCGAGUGGUGGCCGCCAUCGACGCCGCUCGCGGCCUCGAGUUUACCGGCCUGAUGGCGUACGAGGCGCACGUGGCGGGCGUGCCGGACGCAUCGCCGUUUGCAUCGCGGGCGUACAACAUGCUCGUCGCUGGCAUGCAGGCCGUGGCGAGGUGGAAGCUCGCUAGUGCAAGGGCUGAACUCGGCGAGCUCCUGGCAGUCCGCCCGCGGAUGAGCGCAUCGGGCAUUCCGCUCAUCUUUAACACCGGCGGGACGGGCUCGUUCUGCUCUGCUGUGGCCGAUCUCGCCGCAACCGAGGUGACCAUGGGCUCGGGCCUGCUCUGCGGCCAUUUGUUUGACGGCUAUGCCGCGCGGCUGUGCUCGCCGGCGGUCGCCAUCGCGCUGCGGGUGACCCGGACGCCGGACGAGCGGCACGUGGUGGUUCAGUCGGGUGGAUUUGUGGCUUCGGGCGCCAUCGGAGAGGACAAGGCGCCAGUGCUUGUGGGCCUCCCGCCAGGCGCGGCUGUGACUCCCGCCGAGGGUUGGGGCGAGGUGCAGACGCCGAUCGCGCUGCCAGCUGGCGUCUCGCUUCGCAUCGGCGACAUGGUCUGGGUACGGCCAGCCAAGUCGGGUGAGAUCAUGGAGCGGUUCAGCGUGGUCUACCUCGCCGAGUUUGGCGCCGAUCUCGUGGCUGUUCCUUCGUACCGUGGGCUGGGCAAGGCGUUUUUCUGAGGCUAAAGAAGAGCAGAGCAUCGCUUGCGCCGACCG